AUGGAUUCGGCACGGUUAGCUGGUUUGCUGGCCCCGAACGGCACCGCAUCACCCAAAGGUACUCUCCUCUGGCCAUGUCUGCACAUCAGAAUAAGGUACUCACAACACACUGAUCGUACCAAACUAACGUUUCUUGAAGGCCCCUGGUACUUUUCUCAGAACAUAAUCACGCAUAUCGACCACCUAGUAGGUGACAAACGUUUCUCUGCCGCUAUGCAGCACCUCCUGCAGACAAAACAAACCACAGAACAUCAAACGAGUUCUAUCCUAUCGACGUCCCAGAGCUGUCACCCCUUUCCGCCCAACGAUGUGAUCAAUGUUUGCCUUAGAGACUUUUUCCAAAAUUUGAACAACGACCUGCGAUUCCUGUUCGAACCAAAAGUCCGCGCUGCAGUCAACGCCUAUCUGUAUGGGCAAAGAAGCAACGAAUCAGGAUGGGAACUUGCCUUAAACGUCAUUAUCAUGCAUACUCUCCGCAAAGGGGACUGGGAGCUCGGCAUUCAGGAACAUCGGCCUUUUCUCAGUAACGCAUUGUUACUAAUUCCCCACGCUAUCCUCCAAACCCCGAAUGCAAUGACUAUCGGGUCGCUUCUUUUGCUGGUGACUCACUUCAUGUUCUCGGCCGAAGAUGUCGUCAGCACUUCUGUUCUCGCUCUGGCCGUUCAGCUCACCAUCCAAGCUGGUUAUCAUCAUCGAGAUCCGCCAGGUAAUGGCGGCCUUUCAGAUACAGAAGUUCUUCACAAUCAUCGCCUUUUCUGGCUGGCGUACAUGCUUGAUCGUGAUCUUGCGUUUCGAACCGGCAAACCAGCCCUCAUCCCCGACGCGAUCCUGGUAGACCUUCCCGAGGAAUUCCCCCCCGAUUGGUAUGGUGUACAUAUAUUCCCGGGUAACGUCCUGAUCAACACCCUGUACAUCCAACUUCGUCUAUCUCAUAUCCAAGGCAUCAUUUGCUCAAAGCUGUACUUGCGAAAUGCUGCCGUCGCUUCCGCCAGUUCUCUGCCAGAUAACAUUGCAAAGCUAGAUGCAGGGCUUCGCAAGUGGCAGGAAAAGAUUCCUGAGCCGAUUCUGCCCAACGCUUCCGCAAAUUUCAGCGAUUCAGAUGUCAAUAAGUGGAGUAGUCUAUUGAGGCUUCAUUUUCUCUGCCUUCAGAUGGACGUAGCUAUUCAAUCCGCGGCGGUUUUGUCACCAUUGUUGAAUGAUAACGAUGGGACUUCAUCACGCAGUAUAGCACCUUGCGUCAAUUCAGCUAGAGCAGCCAUUGCACUAUUACGACCUCCUCAUCUUCGGAAAGCCCCGAUAGUGUAG